AAACAACAAACAUAUUGAUUGAGUGCUUAUGAUGGAAGCGAGGUGUGAUGAUUCAUAAGGAGGUUGGGUUUUCAUUUUCCCCUAAAAAAAACGGAAAGAAACCUCAUAAGGUAAGGUGGGUCCAUAUGCAUGGGCAGAAAUGAUGGCCAUGCACAGCACAGGGAUAGAAAGAGAAGAAAGGUAAGAAAGAAGUGUUCAGUUCAGCAUCCCAACGAAGGAAAUCUCAUCUCAUCCUUGGGAGCUUUUCAUCUUGCUGCACCGCAGUCGGUGUGAGACCCAACCCAACCAUCCUGACUGCUUAUAAUAACACUGCUGUAAAUAUAAGAACCAACUAAACACUGUAGGAAACCAGUUCCACUACCAGCUUCACUUCACCCUGCUGUACUACCUAUCAACGUCGGGCUUGGUGACUGUUGGUGGCAGUGGAUGUAGGGAUUACUCGACUUGAUGAGCUGAUGAUAGUACUACUCGCUGGGAGUGAUUGCCGGCGUAAUGUGGGGGACUGAGUAACCAAGCAAGUACUCAGGAGUAAGGGCCAUCCGAUUUACCAUGUUUGCCGUUCAUUCACCAGGUCAUCAAAAACACCUUUCAAUAGAGUAGUUGCAGCAGUCAUCGCUUGUCACAUUGGCUUUGCCUUAACUUGCAUUAUUAUACCAUAUGUACCUGUUGCUGCCGCUGCCGGAGCAUCACCACAACUGCUCCUAUAGUACUAGUUAAAUACCUGUCGUGCUCAUGACAUGCGCACCUCCUCCUUCUUCCGCCAUGGUCUUCUUCCCAGCACGGCGUUGAGUUCCACCCAUCAUUGCUUCUCGCCAUCUUGGUCCAAACAUUCUUGGUGAUUGCUCCAGGCUUCCAUCCCCCAUCUGGCUCUGUGGUGAAAGAGCGAUACAGGAACAGAGGCAAAGCAACAGAGGAGUUGGUUUUGCUGGCGACAAUGGUGGAAGCAGUGGGGACCUUCGAGAGCAGAGGCCCCGGCGUUGCGGGGAUGAGCAGCACGCUGGAGGAGGUGCAGAUGCAGGAGACUCUCGCCUUCUCUGAAACCAUCAAGGAUCUCAAGACACUGAGGUCGCAGCUGUACUCCGCGGCACAGUACUUUGAACUUGCCUACAUGCAGGAAGACAAAAAACAGGCGAUGACAAAGAACCUCAAGGAGUAUGCCGUGAAGGCCCUUGUGAACACGGUUGACCACCUGGGGUCCAUAUCUUUCAAGGUCUCCAGCCUAAUUGAUCAAAGGUUCAAUGAGGUCGCCGACGCCAAUCUCCGCAUCUCCUGCAUCCAGCAGAGAGCUCAAGUUAGCCAAGCCUGUAUGGACAGAGAGGGCCUUUCACAGCAAUCCUUAGUGAUCACUGCCCCUAAGUAUCACAAGAGAUACAUAUUGCCAGCUGGAGACCAGUCAAUGCCCAGUGCCGUGCCCAACUUCAGGGAAAUGAACAAGGUCACAAACAGGGCUUCUCAGAUACAUCAAGUAUUCAGUGGUAAGAAUCCGCCCUUCCCUCGGGUCGUUUCGGGAGGCCCACCCAAAGGUUGGGAUGGUUUUCCCUUCCCCCCUUCCCCCCCCCCCCCCCCCCCCGGCCCUUCUCCCUCCUCGUUCUUUCCUUUUGCAGGUAGGUUGACAAUCCAAUUGUUCACUGUUUACAGAAAGGUGCAAUCAAUUGCGCGAGUACCUUCGCAGCGUGCACGUUCAGCAUCACCAGCACAGCGUGCACAUUCCAUGGCACCAUCUAAGAAUGCUACACCCACCAACAGAGAUAAGCGAUCAGAAUCACCAAUUCCUUUCACAACUCCACUGACAAGGUCUGCGUCACUCUCAAAGAAGGCAUCCUUGCUCAAGACAUCAAGCGUCAGGGUUCAGGCCACCUCACAGCCCAAGAAAUUGGCACCACUGAGGUCACAGGCUGACAGGAGCAACGACUCGAAGGAUGGUGAGCAUACCCCAAAGAAGAGCAAGAAGUUUCUCAAGUCCAUCCUCAGCAGGCGCAAGUCCAGAAAAGAUGAGCCACUGCCAAGUUAUUUUGACGACUACUGAGCCACAAGAUUUCUCCCUCCAUUGGAUGGCACUGCAAUCUCUGCAUACUCCUACAUCAGUGUUUUCAUCGAAGUGUUAUGUUCUCAAUAUAAAUAUCGUCAUUGUAUAGAAAUAGCUUAAAGGUUACAUGAAUGUAGUUGAAGAUGGGAAGUUUCAGCAAGAUGUCUCACCCACUUGCAUGUUUCUGUAAGAGAUGCUCAGAUAAACCUGUAACAGUCAAGGAUGGUAAUACACAACACAGAAACAUCAGGUGUAAUAGAAGCAA